AUGACUGACCUUAAAACAUAUAUCAUUACCUUGAAGGACUCUGUGUCCGAUGCAGAUGUCAAAGGACUUAAAGAAAAGAUCAAGUCUUUAGGAGGAUCGAUUACCUCGGAGUUUUCCUUGAUUAAGGGAUUCACUGCCAAGCUUCCUUCGAUCCACAGCGAAGCUAUCGGAAAUCAUAACGACGUUGCAACUAUUGAGGAAGAUAAAGAGGUUAAGAUUCAAAGUUAG